AUGUCCGCCCAGCAAUCUUCAGAGAGAAACCAAGUCUUUACGCGUGAAGAAGUCGCUCACAACAAGAAGGGGGAUUUGUGGAUCAUUAUCGACUCGAAUGUCUAUGACCUUUCUAGGUUUGCCAAUCUUCAUCCUGGAGGUAUUGGGGUUCUCCUUGACGACGAAGUUGCUGGGCAAGACGCGACGAAGAUAUUCUUCAGUCUUCAUCGCCACGAGGUUCUCCUCAAGCCAGCAUAUGCGCGACUCCGGAUUGGAUCAAUCAAAGAUGAAUCACCGACCAUCAUAGCCGCUAGCCCUGGCGAACUUAGUGCUGUCCCGGCCAAGAAUAUCCACGCUAUGCGUCUUGGUCCUGGAAAGCAUCUGAAAGGGCUGACGCUGAUGGAUGGUAUUGUGAAACCCGAGGAGUUCGAUUACUUCCACGAGAUGAUUAUUACACAGGAGCUCGUGCGAGUAGGUGCUCGCGGCUAUGGUGACGGAAUGCUCGGUGGUAUGGUUAUCGGACUGCCUCCAGUCAUGAACUUUGGAAACGAACAAGUUCGUAGCAAGGUUAUGCCGGAAGUUCUCGGUGGCAAGAAGUUUAUCUGCCUUGCCAUUUCGGAAGCGUUUGCCGGUAGCGACGUUUCAGGGAUGAAGACGACUGCAGUGAAGACGCCAGAUGGGAAACAUUGGAUCGUCAACGGGACGAAGAAAUGGAUCACAAACGGCACAUUUGCGGAUUACUUUACAGUCGGUUGCCGCACCGACGGUGGAUUUACGGUUAUUCUCGUCGAACGUGGGCCAGGAGUUGAGACAAGUGCGAUCAAGACGUCGUACUCGCCCACAGCCGGAACGGCCUAUAUAACGUUUGACAACGUCAAAGUUCCAGUUGAAAACACACUCGGGCCUGAGGAUGCCGGCUUGCUUGUAAUUCUCUCAAACUUCAAUCACGAGCGGUGGGUCAUGAUUUGCGCCUCUGCCAGGGCCCAGCGACUCGUGGUAGAAGAAUGCCUCAAGUGGGUUAAUCAACGAGAGGUCUUUGGACGCCCUCUUGUAUCUCAAGCGGUGAUCAGACACAAGUUGGCAGAAAUGAUUGCGCGUUGCGAGGCCAUUCAAUCUUGGCUCGAAAAUAUCACCUAUCAAAUGACGAAGAUGAGUUACAAAACAAUGUCAGACAAACUUGCAGGUCAAAUUGCGUUCGCAAAGGCGUACUCCACCGAAGGCGCCCAGAAAACGGCUGCCGACGCUGUGCAAAUCUUUGGAGGAAGAGGAAUCACAAAGACUGGAAUGGGUCGCUUCAUCGAACAUUAUCACCGUACAGUCACCUUUGACGCCAUUCUUGGUGGGGCGGAAGACGUGUUAGGCGACCUGGGCGUGCGCCAGGCCGUCAAGAAGAUGCCACCAAACGUUCGGUUAUGA